GAGGCCACGCAAGUGGACGGCAAUGGGAGGACAGGCCUCAUGGUGGCCUGCUGCCACGGCUUCGGGAGCAUCGUGGCCCUGCUUAGCCGCUGUCCGUUCCUUGAUGUGAACCAGCAGGACAAGGAAGGGGACACGGCCCUCAUGCUGGCUGUCCAAGCAGGCCACGUGGCCCUUGUGAAUCUCCUGCUCAACUACUACGCGGGUGUGGACCUGGAGCGCCGGGACCAGCGAGGGUUCACGGCGCUGAUGAAAGGCGCCAUGCAGGACCACUCCGAGUGCGUGGCUGCCCUUCUUAUGGCAGGUGCUGACCUGACAGCAGUGGAUCCCACUCGGGGCAAGACGGCCCUGGAGUGGGCGAUGCUGACCGACAGCUUCCACACGGCGCGGAGGAUCCGGCAGCUGCAGCGACGGCCCCAAGUGGAGCAGCUCAGCCAGCGCUACCGGCCUGAGUGGCCAGUCUUGCCAGGGCUUGUGGCCCAGGCCCAGGCAGCCCCGUCCUUCCUGGAGCGACUGCAGGCCACCUUGAGCCUCCCCUUCCUCCAAUCUGCUCCUCAGGAGGGGGGAGUCCUGGACCACUUUGUGACCGUCACCACCAGCCUGGCCAGCCCCUUCCUCACCACUGCCUGCCACACCCUGUGCCCCGACCGCCCCCCAGCACUGGGCACCCGAAGCACGUCUGUGCCAGAACUGCUGGGCACUGCCCCAUCCCCUCCCCUGGUGCCCCAGCCACCCCAGGGAGUCCCUGAUCCCCGGGUCCUUGUCCCCUACCAGAGCUCUCAGGGUAUGUUGAGCCUGUGCUCUCAGUGGCUACGGUCCAGGGACCGUCCCAGCCCCAGGUCCCCACACCCCAAGAUCGUUGUCUCCAAGACACCCUCAGCCCGCAACCAGUGCAAGUCUGAGCCCAGGCCUGCAGGGCAUUGCAGCCUAGCCCUUCCUGUCUGGCCCUAUCAGGAGCUCAGGAUGGCGAGGAGAAGAGAGGAGGAGGCCAGGUGGACCCAGAGCCUUGGGAAGCUGGGCUAG